ACCGGCAGCCGCUUCUCACCGGAUCCCGUGCUAUCUCAGCCAUGGGCAAAAAGCACAAGAAGCACAAGGCGGAAUGGCGCUCGUCCUACGAAGAUUAUACAGACACGCCACUGGAGAAGCCUCUGAAGCUGGUGCUCAAGGUGGGAGGAAGUGAAGUGACAGAGCUCUCAGGAUCUGGCCACGACUCCAGCUACUACGACGAUCGCUCAGACCACGAACGGGAGAGACACAGAGAAAAGAAGAAAAAGAAGAAGAAAAAGUCAGAGAAGGAGAAGCACCUCGAUGAGGAGGAGAGGAGGAAGCGGAAGGAAGAGAAGAAACGGAAACGGGAGAAGGAACACUGCGACUCAGAGGGGGAGGCUGAUGCUUUCGACCCUGGAAAGAAGGUGGAGGUGGAGCCACCCCCAGACCGACCAGUGAGAGCCUGCCGAACACAGCCAGGCAAGACCCUGUCCCCAAACAUGAGUUUCCUACCUUGUCUAUAGCGUGGUUAUCUAGUUGUUGGGGACAUUUCACAAGCUAAAAAUGAGUAAAUUCUCUUGAAGACUGGUAAAACAGACACAUGGAUGCCAGAGACCAACCAUAUGUGUCCUACAAAACCUACUAUAUUUUUAUUUGGUUGGUUAGUUGUUUUGUUUUGUUUGUUUUUCUGGUUUUUUGUUCUGGUUUUUCGAGACAGGGUUUCUCUGUAUAGCCCUGACUGUAUAGUACUCACUCUGUAGACCAGGCUGACCUUGAAUUCAGAAAUCCUCCUGCAUCUGCCUGCCGAGUGCUUUGAUUAAAGGCGUGUGCCACCACGCCCAGCGAAACAGGGCUUUUUACUGUAGCCCUCUCUGUCCUGGACCUUACUCUGUAGAUGAGCUGUCCUUGAACUCAGAGAUCUGCCUGCCUCUGGCUCCUGAGUGUGGGAUUAAAAUGGUGCACAACCACUGCCCAGUUUAUCUACAGUAUUUUAAUCUGGUUAAAGUUUAUCGUUUUUUAGUGUAGAAGUUUAGCAUUAUCUGUUUUACUAUUCCAAACAGCACCAUCAGGUUAAUGUUGCUAUAUCACUCAUAUAAGAAAAGCAUAUAUCGUGGAAAUAUGGGUAAUCUCCCGUGGGAAGAAGAGACCCCAAUACAGGCUCUCCUGGUAGGUCUGGGUUUCUUAAAGUGACCUCAAGAUUGCAUGUUGGAAGCUUGAGGUCUUUGGUAAGUUUCUGACUUGGGCAGCCCCUGUCAGGGAUGACAUUUCACCUGGAAUCUCAGUCUUGGCUCUUGGAUUCCCUGCCCCCCCCCCCAGCCUUCUAGUAUAGAAAGAAUGUUUAGGCAAGAGGGUCUCUUCCCUCAUGGAGAGAAACUGAGGAGGCUGAGUGUUGGAACAUCGAUUAUCAGGAAACUAAUACUAGAAUCAGUUACCAUGUGAUUGUCUGGGGAGUGAUUUUUCUCUUUUGAAUGUCAUCCUUUGGCUGUGGAUUCGACCACCCCUGAACUGGAAAAGCCCUGAACUGGAAAAGGUUUUGAGAUAUGCUGUGUCUCCCUUUGCCAACCUGCCUGUGUUGGGAGCUGUGCCCAAGUUCUCAAUUCUUGUUUGGGCUUCAAAUGCUGUGAAGUUGCACACCCUGAUGAAUAUGGAGCUUUCUAAUGCAGGAAAUGAAGUCUUGCUGUUUGAUUUGAUUCCCUUGCUUUCUCCUUAUAAACCCAGCUGAGAACGAGAGCACACCUAUCCAGAGGCUUCUGGAACACUUCCUCCGCCAGCUACAGAGGUAACCCGUGUCCCCCCUGUCAUCCCCGUGUCCCCCCUGUCAUCUAGCAGGGUGUGGGCAGCCUGGGUGCAGGUCACAACUUUAAGGGCCAGGGAGCUCGUAUGCUGCAUUCCUUCUUCUCCUCCUUUCCCAUCUGAAGUUAGUGUUGUGCUGCCUCCAGAGCACUGCCUGUCAUGGGUAGAGCUGGGAUAGUGUCAUUUUUAUUGAAUGUAAAAUAUAUGUUAAUCCACUGAACUUUCAAGAAGCAAGUUUGCUAGUUAUAUAAAUCUUUGGAUUGUAAAAAUUUUUAUGUCACUUAAAAAUUUAGACUUUAGAAUUUUUUCACUUCAAAGCUAUUUUUGCUUUCAGAAAAGAUCCUCAUGGAUUUUUUGCUUUUCCUGUUACGGAUGCAAUUGCUCCUGGGUAUUCAAUGAUAAUAAAACAUCCUAUGGACUUUGGCACGAUGAAAGACAAGAUUGUAGCUAAUGAAUAUAAAUCAGUCACAGAAUUUAAGAUUUCAAAUUAAUGUGUGAUAAUGCGAUGACGUACAAUAGACCAGACACCGUGUACUACAAAUUAGCCAAGAAGAUCCUGCACGCGGGCUUUAAGAUGAUGAGCAAAGUAAGAAACCCACUAGAGCAAUGGCACUGAGCUGAAGUCUUCUAACUCUCUGUGCCUAACAGGCUCACAAUGAAUGACACGCUUCAUCCAUCCGCCACACCCAGGUGCCGACCCCUGCUCUAGACUGCCCUAUCCUCCAGGCACUGCCUCUGUCUGCACCUUCACACAGCUUAGAGGUGCCGUUAUAUGGGGCUGAUGAAAAGUUGUGAAUAUAGGGUCAGUCUUGCUGGAUCACAGCCAGCCUUGUGGUUUUUGCUUUGUGGGGCAGCCUCACUGACCCUCAGCACUACAAGCUUAUCCUUUGGCCAUUCCAAGUGGCUUCUUAGAUCUAUACUGUAAGCCAGGCUGUAUGAGCCACAUAUUGGCAAGGGAUACUUGCUGGGCUCCACCAUUCCCUCACCACCAUCUCUGGGCCAAACCUUGAAUGCUGAGCCCUCGCAACCAUUCCCGCUGCAGCGUCUGGGAAGGUGGCGAUUAGGCCAGGUGAGGCCGUGGCCAUCCCAUGCCAUCCCAUCGUCACGGCUCCGUGGCUGAGGGAGAGCAGGCAGCUCUCUUGGGCAGUGAAGACCCAGCAGCUGAGGAACCUGUUCCCGAGGUUGUCCCAGUGCAAGUAGAAACUACCAAGAAAUCCAAAAAGCCGAGUAGAGAAGUUAUCAGCUGCAUGUUUGAGCCUGAAGGGAAUGCCUGCAGCCUGACAGACAGCACGGCAGAGGAGCAUGUGCUAGCCCUGGUAGAGCACGCAGCUGAUGAGGCUCGGGACAGGAUUAACCGGUUUCUCCCGGGUGGCAAGAUGGGGUACCUGAAGAAGCUUGGAGAUGGAAGUCUGCUCUACAGCGUGGUGAACGCACCUGAGCCUGAUGCUGAUGAGGAGGAGACACACCCUGUGGACCUGAGUUCACUGUCUAGCAAGUUGCUCCCAGGUUUUACAACAUUGGGUUUCAAAGAUGAAAGAAGAAAUAAAGUCACAUUCCUCUCCAGUGCCAGCACUGCACUUUCAAUGCAGAACAACUCUGUGUUUGGGGACCUGAAGUCAGAUGAGAUGGAGCUUCUGUAUUCCGCCUAUGGAGAUGAGACUGGUGUGCAGUGUGCACUGAGCCUGCAGGAAUUCGUGAAGGAUGCUGGAAGCUAUAGCAAGAAGAUGGUAGAUGACCUCCUGGACCAAAUCACAGGUGGUGAUCACUCAAGGAUGAUCUUCCAGCUGAAGCAGAGGAGGAGCAUCCCCAUGAGACCUGCAGAUGAGAUGAAGGUUGGGGAUCCACUGGGAGAGAGUGGUGGCCCUGUUCUGGACUUCAUGUCAAUGAAACAGUAUCCUGAUGUCUCCCUGGAUGUGUCCAUGCUCAGCUCUCUCGGGAAAGUAAAGAAGGAGCUGGACCAUGAAGAUAGCCACUUGAACUUGGAUGAGACAGCCAGGCUCCUGCAGGACUUACACGAAGCACAAGCAGAGCGAGGAGGCUCUCGGCCAUCCUCCAACCUUAGCUCUCUGUCCACUGCCUCUGAGAGGGAGCAUCCUCCUCCAGGAAGUCCUUCUCGCCUUAGUGUUGGGGAGCAGCCGGAUGUCGCCCACGACCCUUAUGAAUUCCUUCAGUCUCCAGAACCUGCAGCUCCUGCCAAGAACUAACUUGUGGUGUUCCCAGAUGGUUUAUUUUAUUUUUCUACAUUUUAUUUGAUACAGUUUUUGUCACAAGACAGAAACUUUUGUCUCAUCCUCUCUGGCAAGUAGCAGCCUGAGGAAGAUGCUGGCUUGUCUGUACCGUCACGUCUGCAGCAGAGGCCCAGUAGCACCGAAUGGUGUCCAAUAAGCUCUGAGCAGUGGCAAUAGAAUGUCAACGGAUUGCAAUCAGAUGGCUCAACUCUGUGUCUCCUGAGCACCAGCAGCCAAGCCUGUUCAUGAUGAUGUGCACACAGUCAUUCUACAGGAGCUUUGCACAGCCUUCCUGCAGUUCUCAAAGGGGAGCCUGCAGACUAGGCCUUCAGAGGGUUCCUUCUGUUUCCUAUUUGGGCACUGAGCCAGAGGAUGGAGUUGUCUCCCUGACAAAUAAUGAACCACCCCACCUUUUAGAAUGAAGUAUAAAUGAAGUCAUAAAAUGUUUCAAUGUUUUGCUGAGUACCUGUUUGUAUUUAUAAAAAACAUGAACACAGGUCCUAAUAAAGAGAUGCCUAAGGCGGUAACUCUGA